AUGUUUCCUCAGUCUACAUCCGAAGAAGCGUGGUCACAUUUUACUUAUGAACUGCAGGCACUGCUGAAGCGCGCGCAGAUGAAUAAUACUGCCAAGAUUGAGCUCUCAAUCUGCAAGAAAGUCCAGCUGUGUAAUAGCAGCGAGUCGAGUCGUACUGACUCGAAAGCAUUAUAG